AUGGGCAAACUCACCACCGCCAUCAAGGCCGGCCAAACCGCCGUCGAGCUGACCCAAAACGCCAAAUCGCUCGCCGAUACCGCCAGCUCCUUCAAGUCCGCCGACAAGGGCGUGCUAGGCCGCGCCGCUGGCCGCCAGGCCUUCAACGAAGGCGCCGACAUCGGCAAGACGGCCGGCAAGUCCUGGCUCAAGACCUUCGAGGUCAUCCCCGUCUAG